ACAGUGCAUUGCUAUAAUUCAUUAAUACAUCAUAAAUCGUGAAGCACAGCGUUAUAACGACCAAGAUCUACAAAUCAAGCCCUCUAAAACAACCUAAAUGAGCUCUUACUUUGUAAACUCGUUCUCAGGGCGCUACCCAAAUGGCCCUGACUAUCAGUUACUAAAUUAUGGAACUAGCAGCAGCGCUAUGAACGCCUCGUACAGGGACUCCGGCACCAUGCAUUCAGGCUCUUACGGCUACAACUACAAUGGAAUGGACCUAAGCGUCAAUCGUUCAACCAGCACUGGCCACUUUGGGGCGGUUGGGGACAACUCCCGGGUCUUCCAGUCGCCAGCCCCGGAGACGCGAUUCCGGCAGCAGUCAAGCUGCUCGCUCGCGUCUCCGGAGCCACUGCCUUGUUCCAACAGCGAAAGCCUUGGACCCAAAUGCUCUUCGCCCCCUUCCGACCAAAGCACCACCACUGCGGGUAAUAAUCUAACCAACAACACACAUUUCACAGAAAUCGACGAGGCCAGCGCUUCUUCUGAGACCGAGGAGGCGUCGCACAGAGCGAACAACUCUGCACCCCGGACACAACAGAAGCAAGAGACCACGGCAACCUCCACUACCUCGGCGACGUCCGAUGGCCAAGCUCCCCAAAUAUUCCCUUGGAUGAGGAAACUACAUAUUAGCCAUGAUAUGACUGGACCAGACGGCAAAAGGGCCCGAACUGCAUAUACCCGCUAUCAGACGCUAGAGCUGGAAAAAGAGUUCCAUUUCAAUAGAUACCUCACCCGAAGGAGGAGGAUAGAGAUAGCCCACGCUCUAUGCCUCUCAGAGCGUCAAAUUAAGAUAUGGUUCCAAAACCGGCGGAUGAAAUGGAAAAAGGACAAUAAACUGAAGAGCAUGAGUCUGGCUACCGCAGGUAGCGCUUUCCAGCCAUAGUUGUAUCACAAGUCCUACUACGUGGUUUGCAAAAGAAAAUCACGAGGAAAACGAGACGGAAAAUAGGUCUCAAAACAUUACUUACAGAGUACUGUACAUCGCGGCACCUUUCGGCAUGUUAUGGAUGUUUUAGGAAUUUUAAAAUUCUACUGUGGUACUGCUAUAAUGAAACGAAAAUUAGUGUUCAUAUGUUGUUCUUUUAAUACUAUGGUGACCAUAAAUUUGGCAAGCAAAUAAACUGAAGGGCAAAGAAGCUAUCAAUAUACCGCCUGUUGUACUUGUUAUGAAUAUUGUUUAUGUGUCAAGUGCUAUGUUAAUGCUUUCUUGAGAGUUAGCAUGUGAGCUCUUAAAUGUUAUAACUUAUUUACCUAUACACGUGUACACCUUUUGAGUUUACGACUUAGAAACGCAUCUGCCCUUGUAUGAAGUAAAGCUCUAGUUUAGUGACUGCAGUAAAUUUAGCAGACGCCUCUGUAUAUUUCAUGGUCCUCUGUUUAAUCAUUGUCUAAAUAAUCACAUUCAAUUUGUCAUGUCAAACUCUUCUAUUAUUUUUGAGAAAAAAUGAAAAUUUGUAAAUAGUCCUCACUAGAUUCUUGUACCCGUCCAUACGUGUGUAUAGUUGUAUUCCAAAUAUGUAAUUGUAUAUUACUGGAUCAUGUUUAUGUUACAAAAAGGAUGUACAUAUUGAACAUUUUUAUUGUGAUCAGUUGGCUAUUUGUAGUAGGCAGAAUGAACGGCAAACGUGUGGAAAACGAAAAAAAAA